CAAGGCUGUUUUCUCAACCAUCAGGUACGUUUCUCCUCCCAGCCAAUUACUUAUCGUAGCCUGGCCGAUAUUGAAUUCGGAUUAAAGUGUGCGGGUGCCCAGCAUAAGCAACAAAGCUUUUUUAUAUAGUUAUGACGCCUUGACUAGGGCUUUGGUCAUUCGUUCGGACGGAAGAGGGUCUCUCUAAAGAUCCUCCAAUCGUUGAAUUGAAACUCUAUCUGCGGAGUUGCGGCGCAAUUGAUCUGGAGGGCAUAUAAUACUUUCGCUGGGCACCUUGCCUAGCGUUUGUCCUUGUCCGUCGCCGGUUCUCAACACGACCCGAUACAGGGUUUGGUCUAUUAACGUCGCCCGCCCUCUUGUUGUGCGUGGCCCUUUGUUCCCCGCGCCAUGAUGGGCAAGCUUUCUGCCCCUGCUGUUACAGCUGUGCUGUCCGCCAUUCUGGUUGCCGCAGCUCCAUUCUCCGACGCUGGCUGUACUGUUACUGAAUAUGCCGGAAUCGCCAAUGCGGUCGCGGCCUGCACCAGAAUCACGCUCCUAAACAUUGCUGCGCCAGAGAACGGCGCCAUCGACCUCCAAAACCUCCAGAAGGGAGCCACUGUCACGUUUGCCGGCACGACCACCUUUGCCACCACAGUUCGCAAGGACUUCGACCCCAUCACGAUCUCGGGAACUGGCAUUACUGUCACCGGCGCCCCGGGGCAUGUGAUCGAGGGCAAUGGCGCAGCCUACUGGGAUGGUCUGGGAUCCAACGGCGGAGGCGAGAAGCCAAACCAUUUCGUUGUCGUCAAGAAUACUGUCAACGCCAGGGUCACCAACCUGAACAUUAAGAACUGGCCCGUUCACUGUUUUUAUAUGCCCGGGAACCAGGGCCUAGUCGUCUCGGGCAUCGUGUUGGACAACUCGGCUGGCGACGCACCCAACGCCAAGAGCGGCGGCCUCGCUGCCGCUCACAACACUGACGGCUUCGGUAUCAGCUCCAGCGACAACGUCCUGCUGGAGAACAUCAAGGUCCACAAUCAGGACGACUGCGUCGCCGUCACCAGCGGGACCGGCAUCGCCGUCAACAACAUCUACUGCUACGGAGGCCACGGCCUAAGCAUCGGUUCCAUCGGUGGCAAGAGCAACAACACUGUCGACCGCGUCACUUUCGCCAACUCUUACAUCGUCAAUAGCUCCAAUGGCUGUCGCAUCAAGACUAACUCUGGCACCACCGGCGAGGUCAGCAACGUCGUCUACAAGAACAUCACCCUUACCGGCAUCGACACCUACGGCAUUGAUAUCCAGCAGGACUACCUCAACGGGGGCCCCACCGGCGAGCCCACCAACGGUGUCAAGAUCUCCGCCAUCAAGUUCAUCGACGUGACCGGCACCACCACUGGCGACGCCUAUAACUACUACAUCCUUUGCGGUGACGGCAGCUGCUCUGACAUUACCUUUCGGAACACUCAAGUGACCGGCGGCGGUAAAGGGGGGAGCUGCAACUUCCCUGCCAGUGGGUGCCCGGCAUAAGCCCAUCUUGAUUCCCAAUUUCAUUCAUAGCAUAUAUUACUACAGGCCCGCAUAAUAUAGCACAUGAAGAGCCCACCCUUUUGGUCGACAGAAACAAGUGUACAUAAACUUAAUGCUUAAUUGUAUAUUCUCUCUUG